AUGGCUUCCUCAUCGACUGCCGCGCCCAGCAAUGACUUCUCCAAAAUGCCCGCUAAGACCGCCGAUCUCGAGGAGACAUGGACAUAUCUCAACGCCGGCGUCGACCACAUCAUGAACAAUCUGGAGAAGGGUCUCUCCUUCACUGGUUACACGAGUCUUUACACGACGGUGUACAACUACUGUACGUCUACCAAGAUGCACGGUCGAAUGGAUAAUAAUCGAUCGGGCGCUAAUCUAGUCGGGUCUGACUUGUAUAACAAGCUCAGUGAAUACUUCGUACAACAUUUUAAGCCCAUGAUACAGAAAGCGGAAGCUCUGACAGACGUUGAUCUUCUGCGAUAUUACGCAUCCGAAUGGGACCGCUAUACAACGGGCGCGAACUACCUAAAUCGAUUAUUCACGUAUCUGAACCGCUACUGGGUAAAGAGGGAACGGGAUGAAGGCAAGAAAGGAGUAUUCCAGGUGUACACACUCGCGCUGUCGCAAUGGAAGGAGCAUUUUUUCAUGCAUAUCCAGAAAGACAACUCGAAAAUUGCAGCUGCCACCCUCCGCCUCAUCACGCAACAACGCAACGGCGAAACUAUCGAUCAGGGUCUCGUGAAGAAAGUCGUCGACUCUUUCGUUUCUCUCGGUCUCGAUAUCGCAGAUCCCAACAAGGAAUGUCUUGAUGUGUACAAGGACCAAUUUGAAACUUCCUUCAUUCAAGCUACCGAGCAAUACUACAAAAAGGAGUCGGAAACUUUCCUUGCCGAGAAUUCCGUUCCCGACUACCUCAAGAAGGCAGAGGAGCGUCUUCGCGAAGAGGAGAACCGGGUAGAGCGUUACCUACACACGAAAACGCGUAAAGAGCUUAUCAGCAAGUGCGAGAAUGUCCUCAUUAGAGAACACGGUGAACUCAUGUGGGAGAGCUUCCAAAAACUGCUCGAUUUCGAUCAGGAUGAGGACCUCCAACGCAUGUACUCCCUACUCUCGCGCAUUCCUGAGGGUCUUGAGCCGCUAAGGAAGAGGUUCGAAGCACACGUCAAGCAGGCAGGGCUGGCAGCGAUCUCAAAGUUGGUUGGCGAGGCUGGUGCUGCUACUGACUCGCUUGAUCCUAAAGCUUACGUCGACGCCCUCCUGGAAGUGCAUCAGAAGAACUCCGAAAUUGUCAAUCGGAGCUUCAAGGGCGAGGCUGGAUUCGCUGCCAGUCUUGACAAGGCUUGCCGAGAAUUCGUCAAUCGUAACGCUGCUACCGGAACAUCUUCAACGAAAUCGCCUGAACUCAUCGCCAAGCACGCCGACAUGCUCCUGCGGAAAAAUAACAAAAUGGCGGAGGAGAACGACCUGGAAGGUGCUCUGAACCGCGUUAUGAUCCUGUUCAAGUACCUCGAGGACAAGGACGUGUUCCAAACGUUCUACACCACGAAACUAUCAAAGCGACUGAUCCACGGUGUCUCUGCAUCAGAUGAAGCUGAGGCUAGCAUGAUUUCAAAGCUUAAGGAGGCUUGCGGCUUCGAAUAUACCAACAAGCUCCAACGCAUGUUCACUGACAUGAGCUUGAGCAAAGAUCUUACGGACUCCUUUAAGGACCGUAUGGCUCAGAACCACGACGACAUGGACAUCACCUUCAGCAUCAUGGUCCUCGGCACUAAUUUCUGGCCACUCAACCCGCCACCACACGACUUCGUCAUUCCUGUGGAGAUCAUUUCGACAUACGACCGCUUCCAGAAGUACUACCAGACGAAGCAUUCAGGUCGUAAGCUGACAUGGCUAUGGAACUACUCCAAGAACGAACUGCGCACGAACUACCUCAACCAGAAGUACAUCCUCAUGACGAGUUCGUACCAGAUGGCGGUGCUACUGCAGUACAACCAGAACGAUACGAUGUCGCUUGAUGAGCUUGUCUCUGCGACCUCGAUCACGAAGGAUAUCCUGACGCAGGUCCUGGCUGUCCUUGUUAAGGCUAAGAUCCUGAUCAAUGAGGAGACGGAUCAGUAUGAUCUCAACCCCAGCUUCAAGUCGAAGAAGAUCCGUGUCAACCUUAACUUGCCCAUAAAGGCAGAGGUCAAGGCUGAGUCUGCCGACGUUCUCAAGGCUGUCGAUGAGGAUCGUAAAUAUGUGAUUCAAGCCACCAUCGUCCGAAUCAUGAAAGCAAGAAAGACAAUGAAGAACCAGGCUCUCAUCCAAGAGGUUAUUUCUCAGAUCUCACAGCGCUUCGCACCUAAGAUCCCAGAUAUUAAGAAGGCCAUCGAGACCUUGCUCGAGAAAGAAUAUAUGGAGCGUGUGGAAGGCUCCAAAGACACUUUCGCCUACAUCGCCUAA